AUGUAUGGUGAUCUUGCAAAUAAGCUCGUGUUGGAUGCUAAACGGUUCGCCAAUUUGCCAAGCAUACCAAUGUAUCAGGCUGAUCUCAUCCGUGAUAUCGUAAAGGAGACUAACGAUUUGAACAAGGAUUCGGAAUAUUUGCAAAUAGCAAUGGAAAAUCUUCAAAAUGAUGUUAACAAGUUUGAUGAGCAGUUUAAGCAAGAUCAGAAAAUCAACCAAUGCCAAACUUUUGUUACACAUUUGUCAAUGAGGAGGAAUAAAAGGUGUCUACUAGCGUAUGAGAAAUUGCGAAGCGAUAAACUCGUGGAAUUUUCAUGGCUAAAUAUUGAUCCAUACGAUUCUAUAGAUACAAACGUCCCUUCAUCAUCAGUCACCCCUGUAAGUAAUGAGGCAAGCGGCACUACACCUUCGAAAACAACAACAUCGACAACAACAACAUCAUCAUCAUCAAAUAGAACCAACGGUAACCCCGCACCGGCAGCAAAUACAAUACCAAGUUAUACUACCCAGUUGGAAAUGACAAAUUUAAACCAUUUCGAGCAAGAUUUUUAUAAAAAUUAUCAAGAGUUGAUCAUGAACUAUAAGCUGAAGUUUGGUGAGUACUUGGAUUUGAUGGGCGACUUACAAACCCCAUCUGACAUUUUCAUUGAUGUGCGAUGCCUAAAGGAUGGUGGAGAUGUCACCACAGAAUACGGCUCCUUCAAUUUAAUUAAGGACUCCCAGUUCUAUGUUCGCAAAAGCGAUGUCGAAAGGUUGAUCCAACAGGGCUAUCUCGAGGAGAUAUAA